CGGGACCUCCGCGGGCCGUCCGCUCCGAUCGCCCCCUCAGAAGCGCGUCGGGGCUGGCGCUCUCUGCGCUGAUGCUUCAGGCUCAGCGUGCUGGGAACCGGCGUCGCGGGCAGCGAUGCUUUCCCUGGCCGCCGGUGGGGGAACGGGGACCGGGCCGGGGGGGCUACUCGCUGGCCCCACUCCCCUCCGAGUGCCUUACGUGACGGCUUCGUCCUCGGGAGCUCCGCUGCCCGGUUAGUCACAACAAGCGUUAAGCACUGGUGCCUCAGGCCUACAGUUCUUGACAAAGGCCUGUGGAGUUUGACAAGUUCCUGGACCAAAUUCCUAUCUUAAAUAAUUUCAGGACGUGUCUAACAUACGCUGUAUAGCAUUGUAGGCUCAAUAUCAGAUGGCACUAUAUGGGAACCUGAGCCAGCUGUAACUGCUGUAACUCUUCACAGCUGAGAAAAAGAACAGGAGAAAAGGAGCAGGGCAAGAAGUCAAGGGUGAUCCCUGUGUAUUUGAGCCGGAAUUAUGGGAUUGUUUGACAAGCUGGCAGGAUGGCUUGGGCUGAAGAAAAAGGAGGUUCACGUUUUGUGCCUUGGCUUGGACAAUAGUGGCAAAACAACAAUCAUAAAUAAACUUAAACCUUCAAAUGCUCAAACUCAGGACAUUGUCCCAACAAUAGGAUUCAGUAUAGAGAAGUUCAAGACCUCCAGGUACUUGUCUUUCACAGUGUUUGAUAUGUCAGGUCAAGGGAGAUACAGAAACCUCUGGGAACAUUACUACAAAGAAGGCCAAGCCAUUAUUUUUGUCAUUGAUAGCAGUGACAAAUUAAGAAUGGUUGUGGCCAAAGAAGAACUUGACACCCUUCUGAAUCAUCCAGAUAUUAAGCACCGUCGACUGCCUAUUCUCUUCUUUGCUAACAAGAUGGACCUCAGGGAUGCAAUAUCAUCUGUGAAAGUAUCUCAGUUACUGUCAUUAGAAAACAUUAAAGACAAGCCCUGGCAUAUCUGUGCCAGUGAUGCUCUUAAAGGAGAAGGAUUACAAGAAGGUGUAGAUUGGCUCCAAGAUCAAAUUACAGAAUCAAAUCCAAGCAGUGAAGACGUGAGAGACAGAUAAAAGAUGUAUGGCAUUCUUUUAUAAACUUGGUCAGUAGGUGUACAAGUUCCUUGGAAAGGAAGAAUGAUAUAAAGAAAAUGAACCAUUCAGCUAAAAUAUACUGUGUUGACUUGUUUUCUUUUAGUAUCUCUUCCAGGAAAACUGAAUGUAGGCAACAUAGCACCUCAGGUAUACACAUUGAUGAAUUAAAUUGAAUCUUGUGACUGGAGACCACAUUUAAAAAAAAAAAAAUUGUGUUACCAAUAAACAUCUGCAUUCAUAUGAGUUUUAGGUGAUGAUUAGCCAUCGGGAAAUGCCCUCUUUUUGGGGGGGGACACCUUUUGACCAAAUGGAAAUAUUUAUUUUCCUGAGCAAGAAUAAUCACUUCCUGAAAUACAGCUGCAUGAGAUACCUAAAACGUUGUAGGUAUUUCUGCAAUUUUUUUAUUGUAAAGUUUGAUGCUGGGUUUUUAGUAACCAUCUACAAUAGGCUUCUAGGGGGAUAUUUUGACUUAAGACACAAGUAUUCAAAUGCUGUGUAUUUGUUAUAGAAGGUUGCAGAUGUUUUUAAGGAACUGCUUUUAAUGAAAUGUUAUGAAUUGGUUUUGUGAUGUGCCAUGGUUAUAUUUGCAUUCCCAUCAAUAAAACUUCAGAUAUAAAACAUGCCAUAGUUUGUUUUUUCUAACUUAAAUAUGUUCAUUGAUAGUCUUAACAUCUUGGAAAUUUUUGGUUUUCUGUUCAUUUUAUUUGUAAUUUGCCCAUUUUCCAAUUGAAAUAGCACUGUAUGCUGUAAUAAAACGGUAUCACUUUUGCAAAGCUUUUUUUUUU